GUUAAGUCCAAGUGCGCGGAUCGUUUAGAGGAGGUCUGAUCGACUCCUGCCUAGAUAAGUUUAAUAUUGUCGUUGAGUCUUUUGUGUGUUGCAGUGCGUCAUUGUCUAGCUGACCGCCACCUGGAGAAGAUGGGCAAGUUCGAGUAUUCGCUGGGUCUCAAUGAGUUCAAGUCGAAGGAUCUGCGUCUCUGGCAGGCGCUCAUCGGCGAGUUCAUUGGCAAUCUCAUAUUGAACUUCUUUGCCUGCGGAGCGUGCACACAGCCCGAGGAUGGCACAUUCAAGGCGCUGGCCUUUGGCCUGGGUGUCUUCAUGGCCAUUACGAUCGUGGGCCAUUUGAGCGGUGGCCAUGUCAAUCCAGCCGUUACCGUGGCUAUGCUGGUAGCGGGACGGAUCAGCGUGCUGCGCGCCAUCUUCUACAUUGUCUUCCAGUGUCUGGGCGCCAUUUCAGGCACGGCUGCUGUUAAGAAAGAUUGA